UGGUCGGUAGGCACGGAGGGUGUGUGCUGGAGGCAGGCAUGGCUGGAUGUGUAGGAGCAUGUGACUGAUGUUACAUGGUGCGGCACUCCGGAGAGGAAUGGAGGCGGCUCGAUGAGCGGAGCCCGGCAGCCCGGCUCGCAGUGUGCGGAGAUCCCUGCAUGCAGCACGAAAACAAAACCAGGGUAAUUUAAGUCUGAUUUAUCGAAAGAGUUAAAAGAAACCCAGUAGCAGCCUCCAUGCUUUGUGAAAAUUUAAUGCCUUCUCAAUACAGUUGAGGAAUCUGAUCUGCUGGUAGGGGUGUAAGAGGGGUGGACACACAGAAAGGGCAUGUGACAAGGACUGCUCCAGGCAUCAUUCUGCGGAUAUGCACCUUGCUAAAUAACAUUCCCCUGGCCGGGGAAGGUAAUAGUGCUACACAGUGAGAGCGGCAGUAACUGGACACUGUAUUGGAAGUAAUCAUUCAGAACAUCAUGGCAGGUGAAACAGAGCCCAGCCAGGAAGCUCAGGUUGAUUUUCUGAGCACUAAAAUCUCAGACAAGAAACGAACAGGAAAGUUCCUUCCUUUAAGAAAACUUUUUGGUAAGAAGAAAAAGAAAAGCACUUCAUUGCCCUUUGAGGACGGCACGCUGAAGUCCAGUCUCUCCAUUGGGAAUGUUUGUAAUACUCUAACGCUCUCAUCAGAUGAUGACGCUUGUGAGGUUCUAAGUUAUCUCGACAAUACCAUGGGAACAAGGGCAUUCUCCCAUGACAGUAUCUUCAUACCAGAUGGGCAGGCUGAGGAUGAACAUGAUGAUCAGAGACUGUCACAAGAGUACCUUGGAGGGAAAGUAAAAUCGCUCCAGCAACAGUUAGCUGGAAACAUCCGUUUUGGGCAACCACCCAGCAGUAUUUCAGGGAGACGACUGCAAGACCUGAAUGUGAGUUCAGAACAAAUGGAGGAGACGCACAGCAGCCCUAUGGAGAUUUUAGGAGAGCGUGACACAAAGCCGCUAGAAAAUGCUGACAAGGUCACUGGAUCACCAGGUUCUAUGAGCACAACGAGGUACCCUCUGGAGCCAGAACAGAAAUCAGAGGAGAAGGUGACUCCAGUAAAACUUUCCCGUCCUAAAAGGCCCUUGGCUUCAUCUGGCACUAUUGAGUCUAUCAAUCUAGAUGCCGUUCCUUGCGUGGUUCCUCGUCUAGAUAACAGUGCUGCGAAACAUAAACUUUCUGUUAAGCCAAAAAACCAGAGGGUGUCAAAGAAACACAGAGGCAUGUCCCAGCAUAUAGAAGACAUAGAAUUUGAAAAUGAGAGUGAUUCCAAACUGCUAAGAAAUGCUGACAGAAGCACGUUCUGUUCAAUGGAAACAUCAAAGCAGGAUACAAGCAUGUCAGGCCUUUUAAACUGUAAAAUGCUUCAUGAACAAACAUUUAGCAAACUCCAAACAUUAGCAGAAAAGCAAAAGGCCCAAGACAAUAAACAGGAGUUGGGGAUACCACAAGGCCCAGUCCAUGUGACACAUGAGUAUGAAAGUAGAUGCUUAGAGAAGGAAAGAGUAUUAAAGAUAGAUGCACAAAAGCAAGAGGAAGAACGAAACAUAAGACAUGGAAUCCAUAAAGGUCUGGAAAUAGAAAGGAAAAAAAUAGAAGAGCAAAAGGUAACUGAAAUGAAAGAGCAGCAGAGUCAUGUGGAAGAACUUAAACAAAGGGCUGAACAAAGACACCAAGAACUGGAAGAGCAGCAAACUCUCCAACUAGCAGAAGAACAGAAAGAACUUCAACUGAAGAUGCUGAGUGAUCGCCAACACAUUGAUAAACAAAAACAACAAGAACUAGAGGAGCAGAGAAUUCGCCAACAAACAGAAGAGCAAGAGCAGCAGAGAAUUCACCAACAAGCAGAAGAACGAAAACAACGUGAGUUAGAGGAGCAGAGAAUUAAUCAACAAGCAGCAGAACGAAAACGCAAACUAGAAGAGCAAAAAAUAUGUCAACAGGCAGAAGAACGAAAACAACGUGGACUAGAGGAGGAGAAAAUGCACCAACAAGCAGAAGAACGAAAACAAUGUGAAUUGGAGGAGCAGAGAACUCACCAGCAAGCAGAAGAACAAAAACAACAUGAACUACGGGAGCACACAAUUCACCAACAAAUUGAAGAACAAAAACAACGUGAACUAAAUGAGGAGAGAAUUAACCAACAAGCAGAAGAACAGAAAAAAUGUGAGGUAGAAGAGCUGCUAAUUUGGCAAAAAACAGAGGAUCAAAGACAAGGUGAGCUACAGGAGCAGAUAUUUUACCACCAGUCAGAAAAACAAAGAGGACAUGAACUGGAGCUGCAGAAAACACACCAACAAACACAAGUGGGAAAACAAGGUCUUACAGAGGUGCAACAGGUAGAAAAACAACAGUGGGAUGCAGGGAGACAUAGGACGGAGGAGCAACAGACUGUAGAAGAACAAAAAGAUUUACACCACCAGGGAGUUUCGGUGAAAACAAGUAAUAGUUAUACACAAGAACAAGAUCGUUUUAUGGAAACUGUGAUAGAUUUAGCAGAUGAACAUUCUAAUGAAAAACAUAAAAUAAAUGAAACAAAUGCAAAUGAUAAGGAACUAAAACAGAGAAAACAAAAGCAAAUUGAGCAACAGGAACUAAUUGGUAAAGAACUAAGAUGGCAGGAACUUGAUCAAAGACAAAGGCCAUUUACAUUUAAAGUGUCAUCGGGUGAAAAUCAAAUUAUAUUUGAGAAGGUUCAUUUAUCCCCAGUUAGUCCUUCGAAAGAGCCACCCAUCCACCCAGAUACACAAAAAGAUAAUAAACCAAAUAUUAGUUCAAUUGCUGUCCUAUCAGCUCAGUUUGUUCCCCACACAGCCAUUUUAGUUACUGGAGCUCAACUUUGUGACACGGCAUUGAAUCUCAAUCAGAUUCAGGAUACAGCUUGUAAAUCUUUGUUGGGACUCACAGAGGAAAGGAGACACUUGGAAAGCAUACAGAUUAAGAGCGACAAUGACACACACAAUGCUAAACAAAUGAGCAGUAAAACAAAGUAUACAUCAGAAUCAAUGGACAACCAGUCAUUCUUGGCUGAGUGGGCUUCCAUUCGGUCAAAAAUCCUUAGCAAAUCAGAAAAUAGCAGUCUUCUUGACAAGGACCGAAGGGGACCUCGUAUAUGUAGCGAUGACUGGACUUCAAAAGGUAAAAGUGAUUCUCACAGCAAUUUAAGAAAAACAUUGUCAGCUACUGCUAAAUUCUCUAUAACUCCUGCCUGGCAGAAAUUUCCAGAAAUUGCAAAUUCCAAAGAGGAUAUUAGUUACAACUUGGCAAAGCAAACUAGUAAAGAAAACCCACCAUCCAUAAAUUCCAAAAACGAAACUCAGGAUAAAACCGCAGAGAGAACAGUAAAAGUUCGUGAAACCGUCACAAAUAAAAUAAAAAAGCAGGUUACAAUUGAUGGAAAUUCAGAAGGCUGGAUAUUUUCCAAAGAUCUUCCAUCUUUUCUGGUUCCAAACCCUCCUGAGUCCCCCCGUAGGGGACAAGUAGCAUAUCAAAGUGUUUCUGAAACCCAAAUGAGCAAUAGCAUCCGAAAAAGUGACAGAUUACUACAAAAUACUGAGGAGAAACUCAACCCAUUUGGUAUAAAGUUAAGGAGGACAAAUUACUCUUUAAGGUUUAAUUCUGACCCUCAAAACGAGCAGAGGAGGAAAAAAAGGUACAGUGCCGGCGACAGCUUUGAUGGAGUUCCAGUUAUUUUAGUUGCUGCAGAUGAAGCAGAAAUUAGAAAUGAUUCUAGAUAUUCAUUGUCAGUAUCACCCACCAAGGUAAAGAAAGGUACAGCUGCAAAGAUAAUGAAGGAUAACUCAAAUAAUCCAUCUGAAGGAGGACAUUCUGCAACCAUUCCACAGAUUCCAACCUCUAGCUCAUACGUAUCUUCACCUAUUAAAGACAGAAUGGCACCAAAAUCCCCCACUAUACAAAAACCAUCACUAGCACCAAAACCUACAACUCCUACUCCUCCAUCCUCCCCACUUUCUCAGUUGGACAGGACAAGUAUAGCUGACCAGCCAGAACAAAGACUGAACAAAAGUGAACAAGACAAAGAAUUACUCAGAGACGAUAUAAAAGUGAAUGCCAUAACACCACUUGUAAGUCAUUGUGAAAAUGAAGAAAAUGAAACAAAAGACCAAAAAUGUUCUUUCCCAUCCAUCCCUUGGAGAGAAAGGUGCGACAAACGACCAGAUCAAAUUAACAGAGAAAGACCUGUUCUCCAGAGUCGGCACUCUCUAGAUGGAUCAAGACUGAUGGAUCAAAUCGAGUCAGCUCAACCUCUCUGGAUAACAUUAGCUCUGCAAAAACAAAAAGGAUUUCGAGAACAGCAAGCUUCCAGAGACGAAAGGAGACAAGCCAGGGAAGCCAAGCAGGCGGAUAAACUGGCAAAGGAAAAUACCUCCAGUGUCCAGACAGGGGUAUAUAGGAGCAGAUCUGGUUCUCUGCAAAAACCACCUGCCACAGAAGAGAAGAAAGAGACCGUGGUGACUAGGCUUCAGCGCAGAGAACAACUGCAGAAAUCUAACACUCUCCCAACAUCUGCCACAGUGGAAAUGUCAGAGACCAUUCCAGGCCCUCCUUUAGGAAAAGAUAUUCCAAAGAGAUUCUCUACUCCAGAUGCUGCCCCUGUGUCUUCGGAACCUGCCUGGCUGGCCUUGGCCAAGAGGAAAUCAAAAGCCUGGAGUGACUGUCCACAAAUCAUUAAACAGAUGGAGACCCCAACAGAGGAACUCUCCUGCAGCUUCAGCCUUUAGAAUGCAAUAAAGACU